GGGUGCUCCAUCCUUUUCUGAUGAUCCUGAGCUCCACAAUGCAAAUAGUUGGAAACUCAGGGAAGGGUCUGGAAGUUUUCUGUCGGGACAUUUCCCCUUGCCAAAAUCAGGAGAUCUCUUGGGACAGGUUUCCAGGAUGGUUUAGGCAGGUGGCUUUGGCAAUUCCAACUGUUCCAGUGGGUCUGAGCAUGUCAUGGAGGGAAAGGUCUUUACAAUGGUGUGUGUGAGACUUUCUAAAGGAGGUACUGAGUGCUCAAAGUCCUCAGGCUGCUGCUGCCCCUCGUGUUUCUCAUUCCCAGGAUGAAGCCCUUUUCCAGGGCAGCCUGUUGAGCUGCAGGGUGAAGGUUUUCCAGCCAGAAGAAGGAAUGCUUUCCAUACAUUUACUUAUUUCAGCCCAUUUUCUGCCCCUGUCCCCCUCCUCCUGCUCUGGCUCUCUCUCCCCUCCCGGUGUUUCAGUGCUGAUGGGGUCGUACGUGCCAUUCCCCAUGAGGAUCCCAUUCCAGACACAUCCUCCUUUAGAAAACAUCCAAAGUCAAGGCCGUGCAUCCCUACGAGCGAGUGCAACAGCUUCGAUCUUUGCACGUUUCCAAAACGAGCUGCAGACCCAAAAAUAGAACAAAAAAAGUUUCUUUGCCACCUCCCUCGCUCCUCUGCAGCGCGACAGCCCCAGGGCGGCUCAGGGGAGGUUGUUGUGCCUCGGCCACUCAAGGCCACCCGUGGUUAAAAGGGAGAGCUGUCCUCCCUCUUCCUGCCGAGGGCUUGGGAUCCUGAGCUGCUCCAGGGAAGAGCUGAGGUGGGACCAUGAGCGCUCUCAGAGGGCUCCUGCUGUGCCUGGUGCUGCUGCUCCCCUCUGCAGCUCUGCCCAGGAAACAGGGAAGGGAUUCCCUGGUGGAGCUGAGCCUGCUGGAGGAGCCGGGGCUGGGAGCAGAAGGGAGAAAGGUGGGAAAUGGAAGUUCACAGGAGACACCCAGGUCCAGGAGGGCUGCUGCCACUCGCCUCUUCUCCAAGCCUGAGCCGGGAGCCAAAUGCCCGCAGGAAGUGGCUGAGGAGGGGGGCCCGAGCUGGUCCCGCUCUAGCCCGCAGCCCUGGCCCCUCGGGGGCCUGGAAGGGCCCGUGUGCAGGGUGAGGAUGGAGCAGGACGGGGCCAGCCCGAGGCAGCUGGAGGUGGUGGGUGUGCUCAGCCACUACGAGAGCAGCUUCAUCAAACUGCUGAGACGGCGCCGGAGCUGGGACGGGAACUUGGCGGGGACCUUUGGGCUGUGCCGGCCCGGGGAGGCGGAGGCUGCGCCCCAUCCCCUGCAGAGGAUCCACGAGCACGUCCUGGAGCCGGGGCUGGAGAGAUUCCUCGUCCUGCACCUGGAGGAAGCUGCACUCAGCAGUGCCAGGCAGCGGGGAAGUGGCUCCUCCUCGGGCAGUGGCCACAGCGUCCCCGAGCCUCUGGAGAGCAGAUUUCCAUGGGGUCUGCGGGAGGCAGCUCCCUGCUGGCCGGGUGCGGGGUGUGUCCCGCUCUCCACCUCCCUGGAGCCGGGGAGGGGAUUUGCUGAGUCCCUUCUCCCCGUCGGCUCCUGUCCCGGUGCUUCGGUCCCGGAGCCCCUUCCCCAUACCCGGAGCCCCGCGGCGCUGGAGGGGAUUCACGGCCGUGUCUCCCCCGUUCCAGUGCAGUGGGAGGCGCAGGUGAAGCUGCGGUUCCAGCUGGUUUUCCAGGAGGAGGUGGGACGGGCUGUGGGAGAGCUGCAGGCGGCCGUGAUGCUCUUCUACCUGGGCCGCCGGGAGGGCCGGGGCUCCGGGCACCCGCAGGAGCUGCUGGCCACCGGCCCGGGGCUGCCGCGGGACCAGAGGCUCUGCCUCUCCAGGGACACGCAGUACCUGGCCCUGGCAGCCGCCGCAGCCUCGGUCACCCGCAGCGCGGAGCGGCUCCGCUUCUCGGCUUCCCUGGCCAUCCACGGCGGCGCGGGAGCAGGUGCCCCCUUGCCCCGCACGGAGGUGCAGCAGCUCCUGUUCGGCUCCGAUGACAAAUGUUUCACCCGGAUGACCCCGGUGCUGCUGCUGCUGGCCAAGUCACGGCAGCAAGAGGAGGAAGAGGAGGAAGAGGAGGUUUUGGCCCCAUCCUCCUACCUCUCUGCUGAGGGGGUGGUGGACACGGCUCCGUACCCGCAGCUCAGCCCGCCCCAGGCCGGCACCGAGGAGCUGCCGACCCCCACUGCCCCGGGCCAAGCCAACACCUCUUCCCCAGUGCCCGGUGGCAGCGCCCAGUUCCUGGCAACCCUGACCCACUUCAUCCGGCAGCUCCUGAGCUCCUCCAGCGAGCCGCCUCCCCAGCCCACUGCCCACCACCGGCUGGACUUCGAGAUGAUGGAGACCCUCCCUCACCAGCUGCUCAACCUGUCGGAGGAGGCGGCGCUGGAGCGGCUGGUGCAGUCGGAGGAGCCCUCGGUGCUGCUGCUGCCCCAGGACAGCGGGGCCGUGCUGGAGCAGCACCUGGGGGACUGGCAGCCAGAGGGCACCGUGCUGCAGCUGCUGAUGGGCAAACUGCAGGUGGUCAUCCAGGAGCUCAGGGACAUCCCGGCUUUCCAAGCCAACGCGGCGCUUUUCCAGCACCUCCUGACCUUCUGCUACUACCCGGCAGAGCCGGGGCAGGCCGAGGUGGCCGAGCGGGGCCCGGGCUCUCGGAAGCUGCGCACGCUGCUGCUGCUGAAGGCGCUGCAGUCGGUGCGGGCUCGCUGGCAGGAGCGCAGGAAGGUGCAGCGGCAGAACCGCAGCGCCCGGCACCAGGCGCACUGCCGGCUGCAGGAGCUCACCAUCGACCUGCGCGACCGCCACUUCAUCAUCAUGCCCACCAUGUACGCGGCCAACAACUGCGAGGGGCCCUGCCGGCUGCCGCUGUCCGCACGCAUCCCCAGCUACUUCUCGCACACGGUGCUGCUGCUGGGCAUGCAGGACCAGGGCUCGCCGCUGCGCAGGGCUCCCUGCUGCGUGCCCGUGCGCUACUCGGACCAGCUCAUCAUCAGCCUCUCCUCGGACGGGCUGGAGAUCCGCAAGUUCCCCAACAUGGUGGCAGAGGAGUGCGGCUGUCGGUGAGGCUCCCGCCGGCCUCGCCGCUCGCCCCACCCCGGCCCCUCUCUCCCGGUUUGCCCUCCCGGCUCGGGAUCUGGUGCUUCUCCCGAGGCGGGAGCUCCCGUGUGUCCUUUCCCCAUGGUUUGGCUCGUUAGCAUCGCUCUGGUUCUGGGUUCAUCCAUGCCUGUCCCUGGGGCUGCUCCGUGCUCCUCUGGGGAUGUCCCCCUCCCGUGGCUGAGGUGCCUCCGCUGGGUACGGGCACGGCAGGGCCGUGGGGGAGGACAAGGCUUGGCAGACCCAGGCAGGACCGUUCUUGUUUAUCCCUCCCUCUCUGCUCCUGUAGUGGCUGGGCAGGGCAGCUGCUGCUUCCUCCAAGCCUUGCAGCAUCCUCUGGCCAUUCCCCAGCCCACGGCCCAUCACAGGACCCCCCCUGGCCACACGGCUCCACCUGUGACAGCAGAGCAAGAGGCCAGAUCCCCUCGCAGGGACCAGCCUUGCCCUGGGACACGGCUCUGUGUGAGCCACGAGGAGCCGCUGGCCGUGCCUUGGGGCUCCCGGCCAGGUCACAUCUGCGUCACCCCGCGGUGACCCCGCUGCCGGGGCGAGGGGAGGAGGGAGCGAUCCCAUUACACCUCCCGGGCUGCUCACACCAUUCAUGGGAGCGGGAGCAAACGGCUGCCAGAGCACCUGCUCCGUGUCCCCGCCGGCGUCAGCACGGGCUGCCUGCCCCAGAUCAUCUUCCAGCUGAGCCUGGCCCUCAGCUGGGGAGCCAAACCCUCAGGAGCAGCUCCUGGGCUUGUCCUGGCUACACCUCCUCGGGUUUUGCAGUGUCCCCACGGGGAGGCACAGCUGGAGGUUGGUACUCACCAGUCCCAC